AUGUUUUUCUGCUUCCUGCCAAGGAACACAGUGAGUAACCUGAUUUUCAUUCUACCUCCAAUCUAUGGUGCGAUUCAGACCUGUAAAGAUGGCCUUGAAAAACGAUAUUUAGCUGCAUAUUUGUGUCUUACAGCUGUGGGAUUGGGAUCUUGGUGCUUCCACAUGACCCUGAAGUAUGAGAUGCAGCUGUUGGAUGAACUGCCAAUGAUAUACAGUUGUUGUGUGUUUGUCUACUGCCUGUAUGAAUGUUUCAAGUACAAGAACACAGUCAAUUAUCCGCUGCUUUUCUUGUUAAUAACAUACAGCUUCGUAGUCAGCAUAAUUUACUUAAAUUUGAAAGAGCCUGUAUUCCAUCAGAUCAUGUAUGGAACGCUAGUUUCCAUUAUAGUUCUACGAUCUGUUUAUAUAGUAUUAUGGGUAUACCCAUGGCUUAGAGGUCUAGGCUAUACUUCUUUAACUGUAUUUUUAAUGGGAUUUUUUCUCUGGAAUGUGGACAACAUUUUCUGUGAUAAAUUGAGAGCACUACGAGAGAAGAUGCCUCCUGUUGUGGGAGCUGUGACACAGUUUCAUGCGUGGUGGCAUAUUCUCACAGGCUUGGGCUCUUACCUUCAUAUCCUGCUAAGUUUAUACACAAGGACACUUUUCCUGAAACACAGGCCGAAGGUGAAGUUUGUUUUUGGAAUAUGGCCUGUUCUUCUUGUGGAGCCGCCCAAGAAGCUUUGACUGAGACCUAGGCAGUCACGUGCGGUCACCUAGCCUGGCUGAAUAAAGCGAUUCAACAGUUACUAUGGCUGAAGUGUCAAAAUUAUGGAUCAAUCCAAGUACCAUUGCUAUAAAAGGACUUCUCUGUGUUACUAGGCCAGCCGGCCAGAACAGAGCGAAGAGUUGGCACACUAGGGAAAUAAUGUUUAGUACAGCUUUAUUCUAAGUUGUUAAAACAAAGAUUAAGACACAAUAUUUUUAUGUAUAUAUUGUAUAGCUGAUGAUACUGAGCUAAUAUUUCGUGCUGGUCACAGAAAACUAACCAUUUUUUUGAAGUGGAUUGCAUACGUUUUUCAUUCGGUUGUUGUUCUUUCUGUGGUUCAAACUAAUAUUAGUAACUGAAUGACAAACAUGGGCCGUUGAUGGCCAAGCUAAGCAUUUGUGUGGCCUAUAGUGAACUGAAUGCUUAACCUGAACUAUUUUAAUCUUGCACUUUUUUUACAAUUAAUGAAGUAUGUAAUGAUUGAUUUAGGGCUUUAUUCUAUCUUGCUUUUCCACAGCCUCCUUUGCAAUUUAUAUUUUAAGCAAAACGGUUGGGAUACCUGUGCCAUUUAGUUCAUUUUGUACAAAGCUUCCGUUUUCUCUCUAGUCCGACUGAGGUACAUCAUGGAGGAUGUUCCAGGGUGUGACCGGCAGAAGACACUUAAGAUGGUGAAGCAUUAUAGGGGUUCUUGUUUGCCUGUGGAAACUGAAUUCCUAAUUAGUUUGAGCAGUGAUCCAUCAGGAGGCUCCAGGGUGACUGUAUAAACACAAGAAACACUUUUUUUCAAUUUUUUUAUAAUUAUUAUUUACAUGCCUUCCUUUUCUAUCCCUACUUUUACUCCCCGUGUCCUAUUCAUACUACAGAUUGACAGACACCUUAGAUGUGUGCUAGUCCAGCUUUGAAUUCAUCUCUUUCCCGUAUUUUACAAGUCUUAAAUUUUGGUCUGACUUUCAGAAGCAUCUGCUUAUUCAGAAAUACUGAAGAAAGAGUAAAGAACAAGAUUGGUGUUGAGGACACCCCAAAAUAUAAUUGGCAGCACUUUGAUUGCUUGCUCUUAAUCUGUCCAUCACACGGUUACUCUGUGGAAAAUUGGCCACCUUUUUAAAACCAAACUUUGGGGAUUAAUAGGGGGGACAAACUCUGGUUUCUGCAAUUUUUACCUGCCCAACCGAUGAAAGUUAAUAAGUAAGCAUAAAGAAAACAUUGAACUAACACAGUUUUUCGAAAUAUACCUCAUAUUGGAGGCUGUGGUUUUGACUCUUCAGAUCUUGGGGCAGCUAAUGGAGUCUGUCUCUGGGCCUCCUGGCUGCCGUGCUAUGCAAUUUUUGUCUGCUUUUGAUGCUCUGAGGGAUUUGUCCUUCUCGCCAUGAAGGAGAAAAGGGAAAUGCUCAGACUGAUUGGAAAGCCCAUUCUGUAUUGAUUUAAAAUGUGCCCACAGCAGCAAGGCACCAUAACAUAGCUAUAAAGUUGUCUCCCAGAUCACAAAGUCCUGCCUAGUGUAAGCUUCCUUGCUCCGACUGCUGAAAAAGUUGGACUGAAAGCUGUAUUGUACAAUCAGCAUUGACUAAAAUGAGCUCCUCCCUUUAAUAUCUUUUUUUCUUUUUUUCCUGUUUGCAGCUUAGCUGCAUUCUCUGUGUCCAUCAGUAGCACUGCUACUGAUGUGAAUCUCCAAAUAAAAUCAUGGCUUUUGUUAUGUGACUGACCCUGGACUCUUGGGAUCAAAUAGACCCAAACUCAGGGCUAGAGAAAGAUAAUUAACCUUGAGUGAUGUCGGUGAGGUUUAAGCACGUGCUGAUGGCAGUGCAUUUCAACCUGUCCUCAGCAAACCCCUAUAAAGAUCCUCGAAUGAAAAUCUUAAAACAGAUUUGUUGUCAGUAGGCUCCAGCUCCACAGGCAAGGUCAGCCUCUGUGUUGGGAAAUUUUGAGUGAUCUUUGGACUGAAAGACAUUGGAAUAACUAGCGUAGAGGUAGGAACAUGCUGCCUUGGAUCAAGUGUCUUUAAUUAUCCAGAAGGUGUAGUUUUUGUAAAGAGAUUUGAGAACUGUCUUAAAAAUGUAGCUUAAAAAAUAAGUGCCUGCCUCUUCACCUCCAGGCUCGCUCAAGCACGCUUCUGUACACUGUAUCCAAUUUUCUCCUUAGUAUGUUUACAUGUUUUCCUAAGUUAAGGGAAGAGUCCCAUAACAGGAGCAGUGCAGCAUCCAGACCUAUCAACAGUCGCUUGGGACAUCUGCUAGGUAUGGUAUUAUUUUUAAGAAAACGAACAAAACCUUUGUUUUAGUGGCCUUAGGGUUUUUUUUUUUUUUUACUGAAGGAUCUGGGAGCUCUGUUUGGCUUCCCUGUAAUUGCAGGAACCAGAGUGUGCUGAAAAGCCACUUUCUGAUGGAUAAGGCAUCUAUACAAUGGCAAAUUUUAAAGAAAUUUGUCAAUUGUCCCACCUAUUUGCAACUAGGAAGUAUAUGUUUCUUUUCAGAUCUUGUGGAAUUAAAUUGCCAGGAUUUAAAAAAAAAAAAAAAGUUGGAAAAGCUCUUGUUUUAAUUUUAUGCUGCUGUUAACUUUUCGUUCAUAUAUCAUUUGUCACUGAUGGUUUUCAUCUUUAAAAAAAUUAUGUAGAUUGGCUUCUUCCUUCAUUCCAAACGACCAAAACCAUGCACACCUUUACCACCCUUCCAGCAGCCUUUGUUUCAGGUUAUGUUAAGACCCUGAAGAAUGUAAUUUUACCUGUAUUUCCUUCUCAGCAUAAAUAAUCUAAAAUUAUGGGUGCUUUGGUUUCACUGCCUUACUGAUCUUGCAAGUGAUACUGAAAGUGGCAAGCCAGUUUUAACUGCAGGCCACUGAAAUUCAGACUGCCUUUUCUAGUGCCUGGAAAGACAUACAUCUUACUCCUGUAAUGUACUGAAUGUCUGUUAAAUUGCUUUUUAUUUGUAUCACUUGUGUGACACGCUGAUAUUUUUUUUUCUACAAACCUUAGGACGGCAUAUCCCAAACUUUUCUUGCACUACAUCGUAUAAGGUGGGUCAUCUGUGAUCCUGUUUUUUAAAUAGGGUUCAGACAGCAGCUACUUUAAAGGGAAUUAGGGAAGUAGCAGGUGUUGUUUAACAUGAAUCCUACAGGAUGUGUUGGACGGCCUUGAUAGCAAUGAACUCUUUAUUCUUUAACAUCCAUGAAGAACCAGGAAAUCUGCCACCUUACGACCAUCAGCUCGGCACAGAUCAGCAGCAAGUAGUUCUGCAGACCGUGAGCUGACAAAUUCUUCCUUGGAAAUAAAAGAAAAACCUCAAAAUUACACUCCCAGUACAGAUCAAUACCACACUGCAUGCCAGGAAUCGCGAUUUUCUGGAUUCAGCUCAAGACGUGCGUUACCCCGAGCUGAAGAUAAGACACAAUAAACAGAAAUCUGCCAUCAGGAUGAAUCCCAUCCAUGUUUUGAAGGCAGCGUUGUUAGCUUAGCAAUAUUAGUCAUCGCCGGACUUCAUUUUAAUGCUUUUUCUUUUAGCCCAAGGAAGAUGUGUUACCCACAAGUGUUCAGAAGACCGCCCCAUAGUCAGAAUUGGAAUACGCAGUCUGUCGCUUGCCGAUCUACCUCUGUCAUGUAUUGUACCAUACCUGUGCCCUUAAUUAUUGUAUCUGCCUGACCGUGCAGACGUUAGAGCCGCCUGACUUCGACCGCACGGCCCCUGAGGUCGGCAGCAGUGUUGUAUUGAUCCGCGGCUGACUCAGUUCGCUCGCCGUAAACACCCUGACGUGCUCGGUGUCUGGCGCUUCUGGGUGGCGCUCAGUCUGCCGGUCAUCUGCGUGCAGAAGGCUGGCUGCUUUAGAAAGAGAUCUGAGUCGGAGGACUGUGAUUGAGACAGGUGAAGUGAAACCUUUUUGGCAGUUAAGUUACACAUAAAGUGAAGAUGCAAAGAGUAUAACUCGUUUUACGUGAUUUUGGAAGAGAUGUGAUGGAAAAUACCGCUUUAUAAUUAGCUUUAAUUCUCUUUUAAUCUGAUAUUGUGCUGUCUUCUUUGGCUGAAAGGAAAUUGUAUGAUUUGGAAUGCGGUUGAUUUCUUUUGGCUGUAGCACGUUUGCUUCCAACACCUGGUUUUGAGCAGCUGAAUGAGUUUUUCAGCUCACUCCUCCCUGUGAAACCCUCAGCAACAGAAAAUCCUCCCGGUAUCUCAAGUGUUUCUCACAGUCACUACCACCUUGUUGAGUCUGCAUUCGAGAAUUUCGGUAAUGCCGUUUUGGUUUUUUUAAACCGGUUUCUCCCUGUGGAUAUAUUUUUGGCAUUCGGUAGCAGGUGGUGAAAUGAUUCAAUAGAACACUUCUCAGUGGAAGACGAGCUCUAACGAAGCUGUUUCCUUCAGUAGACCUCAGACUCCAGGAACACACCUUAAUUUUGGCAGAACCUGUGCCCCGUAAUUUAAAUUAAGCUAUUCAGGUAAAACUCUUUACUUUAAAGAAACCCCAUCUGCACUUUAUAAGAAGGCGGUGGGAGGCUUUAACUGCCAAGUACUGUUUUAACUGUGAGACUUUAAUAUGAAGAGGGAUAAAUAUUGGAGUCUUUAUUGCCCAUACGAAGCGAAAGCCAGAAGGAGAUUAAGAAAUUUUACAUAGAAAGAGAAUAAAAAAAGAUUAAGCACAGAAUCCCAUAGUACUAUGUCAACCACCCUCCUGAUAACUGCACUUUAGAUACUUGUGUAACAAGCUUGAAUGUUUUGCUAUUUAUACAUUUUAACUUCCCGUGCUGACUCUUCACUCUUUGCCAUAGAAGUGACGCAGACUCUGUUACAUUCGGGUGGUUGUAGAUUAUUCAGCUGGUUUUUUUUUUUUUGUGAGGAUGGAACGUGACACGGAUUGUUCCGUACGUGAAUGAAUACAUUUCUUCUCCAUCUGGAAUGUCCUCUGCCAGCUUUGUUUGAGAGUCCGUAACAUAACUACAGAGAACAUACUGUAUAAUUAUUAGGAUUGGGUUUGGGUUUCUUUUGUUCGGAUUCUUGCUCGUGACUGCCUCCGGCUGCCAAGUGCCUGAUCAUUUUAUCACAAGUCUUUUCUGAGAGCUGAGGCUGGGUUUUCUCCUGGGGUCCAUAAGGUAAGGUCCUUGGUAGGUGGGAGUUCAGUUUGGUUUUUGUUAAAAAAUCCUCCUCCCGUGGGAGUCGCAGCCCUCUUUUCAGUCGCUUUCCCGAAACGUAGUUACCCAGUACGUGGCUGCCUCUGCUUGGCUCAGACUUGAGCCUGACUACCCCACGUCCCUGAUGCCGUUGCAUCUCUUCAGAUUUUUGAAAGCUGGUUUGGGGGGUUUAGCCCCACCACGGGUGUUUAUUUUAGCCUGAGCAGUUCAGUGGCCGGCAGCACCAGGGUGCAGCAGCCAAGCAAGCACUUUAUGCAGAGCCCCGUUACUGGAGCUCCCAGCCAGAUACUCCAAACAAGACUGGGGAUAUGGGGCUUCACCUGUACAAUUUUGGGGGGCAGGGUUGAUGCCUGAACCUCUUACUUUACUUCAAAACUCUCCUUUUUAACUUUCUGAAAGUGUUUAGAUUUGAUUAAGCACAUAAUGGCAGACUUAAGAAGAACCAAGCUCAGAAUCCAGCUGAUGCAAGACCCUAAACCAGUGCCUGCCAAUUUUUUUUUGGUUUUGCACACAUUUCACACAAGUUGAAUCUGCCUGACGGUCAGAGCAGAUCGUUGAGAUUUUACAAAUGCGACGGGAAAGGGUCUUUUGAUUAUUUGCCCUUCGUCACCAAAACACACGAAUAGCUGUAAGCACAAUCCCAGAUUCUUCUUUCCUCAAAACCAUGGAACGUAUGUAGUUCCUCCAAAGCCAAUGUCGAAUGGAGAUUGGCUUUCACACAUGCUCAUAGCAAAUCACGUACCAAAGUGUUUUCUAAAUUAAAGCCUUGGUCAGUCGCUGCAGGAGAAUUUUGGUUGCGUAUGCUAUCGCUCCCGGGAUUUUGGAAGAGAGGGUUGCAAGCGACGCGAACAGUAGUUACUCAUGAGACUGAACAGGAACUGAUUUUUUUUCUCUUGAUCUUCCAAACUGAUGCUGACUAUUUGACGUUGGCUGUUGAGCUCGGCUUAAUGCACUGAUGAUGUUUACUGUCUUAGCAAAUAACAUUCUGUCCACCUGCAAUGGACGUGAAAUACCCUGCGCAUUACGUGACCAAACUUUCUAACGUUUACACUAUUAGUUCUAACAUCAUGGGUUGUUUUUUUUUUUUUUUCCUGAUACUCGGUAUAUUGUUGCAGACGGAUAACUACACUGUGACAGACGAAUAGCAGUUGGCCUGUAAAACACAGCUGCAUCGAGCAAUGUUUAUUGCCAAUUUUGAUACACUGAACUGAUUCUUCGUACCAAACCAGCCGGUAACUAACGUUAGGCUUACACAUAUCAGCAUAACUUGUUUUGCAAAGCGCGGUAGCGUUGAAAUAUUUAAUGUAUUUCAUUUGUUAUCCAU